GUGUCUGGAACCUUCUCUUUCCCCAUCAAUCUUUCCUCAUCAAUCUUUCCUCUCUUCUGCAACCGAGCAGCCCACGCCCCCUGCCACUGCACCCGAGCCUGCAGCAGCCCACGCCCCCUGGUGCCUGCGCCCUUUUGCUGCUGCAGCUGACUCCGCCUCCCUUCUCCUGCACCCCUCGAGCCUACAGCAGCCUGCAGCAGCCUGCAGCCCCUUCUCUGCGCCGCCCCUCUUCUGCAACCAGAUCCUGCAGCUGCAAAGAUAGAUCCUGCGCCUAUGUGGCAGUCAGCCGAGCAUGAGAUAAGCCUGCAAGAUGACAUCACGCUCCAGCUUUCUUGGCUGUCCUGCAGGGCCAGUUUUGGCCUGACCCGAGCAACGGAAAAAACAAAAAAAAGAGAAAAAUUGAGGGGUUUGGAUGAGGAGUGAAGGGGGAGUUAGGGUUUUGUUUGAGGGGUAUAAAUAGGAAGGACCGGUAAAGAGAAGAGGGUUCUUUUUUUUUGUUCUUGGGUUGGUUCUCUUGGUCUGAGGUUGGGGUGUUGCUUGAGAGCAGCGGGAGGAUCAUUGAGCCGAGCAAGAUUGUCCAUUCUUUUUGGGUUUUCGUCUUAGGUAUUUUCCUGCAACAGAGGAGUCUUUCUGGGGAGGCAGUGAGGGGAAUGAUCUGGCUUGAUCUCGUGGGUGGGAUCCGUCAGAUCGGACUCCGAUCUGUUACCCAAAAAGCUCCGCCGUGUUUGCUUCUUUUGUCUUUCUGUUUCCGUGACAUGCUUUU